CGGAAGUCGCAUCGCGCACACUCGUCGCCGCUCUCUAACCCCACCACCGCUAAACCCCCCCCCCACCCGCCAAAGUCCCGGUCUGCCGGUAAGCCGGCAACAUUGCCUCAUUCGUGCUGAAUUGCUCGAGGGUUUAGUUUGUGGAAUCUUAGUUCGAAACAAGAAUACAAACGCCAAAAUGCCUGCUCUCCAAAAACCAGCACCUGCAUUCAAAGGGACUGCCGUCGUUGAUGGUCAGUUCAAGGAUAUCUCAUUAACUGACUACAAGGGAAAAUAUCUGAUCCUGUUUUUCUACCCAUUGGACUUCACCUUUGUCUGUCCAACGGAGAUUAUUGCCUUCUCUGAUCGUGUCGCUGAAUUCCGGGCAAUUGGAUGCGAAAUUGUUGCUGCGUCUACUGACUCGCACUUCAGCCAUCUUGCCUGGAUCAACACCCCACGCAAGCAAGGAGGUCUUGGAGAAAUGAAAAUUCCCCUGCUUGCUGACAAGAGCUUGAAAAUUUCUAAGGAUUACGGUGUCCUUGACGAAGAAUCUGGCAUUCCAUUCCGUGGACUUUUCAUUAUUGAUGACAAGCAAGUUCUACGACAAAUCACCAUCAACGAUCUCCCUGUUGGGCGAUCUGUUGAUGAGACUCUUCGUCUUGUACAAGCAUUCCAGUACACUGACAAAUACGGUGAGGUCUGCCCUGCUGGCUGGAAACCAGGACAGAAGACUAUGGUGCCUGACGUCAAAGAAUCCAAGCAAUACUUCAAGGAUUCGUAAAUCUCUGGAGAUAACGGGGAUUUAUCAAUCGGUGUUACUCUCAUGCCAUACACAAAUAUAAAAUACUUUUCUUUUUCUCUCCAAAUCAUGGCGGUAUACUAGGAUGUCUUGUUGGCUAUUUUAAAUAACGCAGGAUAUUUUGAUUAGAAACAAGUUUAUUAUUUCUCAUUUGUGUAUUCCAGUCUUAAGUUGAUGAAAAACUUCUUUUUGAGUAAUAUUUUUCGUUUUAAGAAGAAAAACUUGCAGCGCCACCGGUGAAAACAAGUAACCAUCCACCUACAAAACUUCAUUAUUGCCUUUUUUUUCUAUAAUUAGCAUAAAGCCUGUAAGAAGCAUUUUUGUAUUUCAAUAUUUGUGUAUUUUGGCAAUCUGUUACGAUAGUAGUGUACAACUAAUGCCGGAUCAUAACAAUCUUUUUUUUUUAAAUAAACUAUCAUUUUGUAAUCAA